CUAUGUGAAGAGCAAGUGAGCAAUUUAGCACCAUUUAUCGACAAAUUCGACAGGCGAAAUCGAAACGUUUGCUUGACAGAUGGAGCAAAUGGACACGGCAAGAAUGAACUCGUACGUGGACUACUCUCUGUGUAACGGCGACCAAAACACUUGCUCCCCGAGGAGCUAUGGCCAAGACUACGGUGUCCCCGCUUACCAGUCGUGCGCGAUGAACAAUGUUGACCGACACGUUACGAUGGGGCCGAGCGGGCAGCUGCCGCCGUCGGCCGGGCCAGGGCCAGGCCCCGUACCGGGCCCGUCGCCUUACGACCCGCCGGUUAUCAUGCCUAACAGCGACCCGCAGAAUUUUACGUCGUACUCGUAUAACCACUACCCUCAUCCUGGCGGCCACCACAUGAGCAAUGGUUACGGGACGAACAACCACGCUGCUAUGUACUCGGGGAGUUUUGGGGCAGAGCUCGCCGGGUCUUACUCGUCGUACAACUCAGGAAUGAACGGGACAGUGGCCCCGCCACCCUUGGACUCACAGUACGGAUACAUGCACCAUCACACGGGGCAGGACCCCAUGAUUUCCACGACCUGUAACCCCCCAGCCCCGUCACCCCCUGUUGCCACAUACGACUGGAUGAAACUUAAGCGUAACCCUCCCAGAACAGGGAAGCCCGGGGAGUAUGGUUUCACGACUUCUGGACCCAACAACGGGCGGACCAACUUCACGACGAAACAACUGACGGAGUUGGAGAAGGAGUUCCACUACAACAAGUACCUCACGCGGGCACGGAGAGUCGAGAUCGCCGCCGCCCUCAACCUCAACGAAACUCAGGUCAAGAUCUGGUUCCAGAACCGUAGGAUGAAACAGAAGAAACGAGAGAAAGAGAACGGCUUCUCAACCCCGGGUAGUGGUGGGUCACCGGCCGGAGCAGAUAGCCCGUCCAAGUCGACGUAAGACUGAACUCACUAUACCAACAUUCUUCUCCAUUCCCUCCAAACCCCCCACCCCACGUUUAGAACUCACAUGUCAUUUGUGGAAUAUUCUUUUUUAAGUUAUACAGGUGAGAAAUAUCGUCAAGUUGGUUCUGUCUAUAUUUAUAUCGUUAUUUAUUACUUUGUAUGAGUGAAAGAACGUUUGUAUGAUGAAAGAGUUGAGGGAUGUAGACUUGUGUACAUAUCUCGAGAAGUAUAAUUUAACAAUCAAAGAAUCGGAGAACAGGGUAAAAAUUCUCAAAGCGAACUUCAAGACUUCUCUUUCGUGAAGGUUCGAUUGUACAGUGGCUUGUGAUAUAAAAUAAUGUUUUUGACGGCAGGACUCCAAGCACAGUAUUGUUAUGUAUGUUUCUUAGAGCCAAAAUCACUAAGAUAGUAGUGAAUUCUUGAUGAGAGAGAAAAAACGAAAUAAAUCGCAAUCGCAUAUUAAGAUA